GAACUUCGGAUCGACCGGAAAUAUUGCAACGAAAACACGUCAACAAACUCAAUCAAACAGCUGAAUUUUUCGACAUUUCAGCCUAAUAUCGAUGGGUUUUGGUCACUUGGAAGCAUGAAGAAAAUGAUAGUGGGGUAACAACUGUCUUUCCUCGUUGGUACGUGAGCUGACCAAAUUACAUCGGCAUGAUGAAGAAAGCAAGGGGGCCGAAACUCAGGCCCAAGUACCACUCCUUCUACCUGGCUCUUUUCUCCAUCAUCCUCGCUGGCAUCAUCGUGACUGGCAUCUUCCAGUUCUGGCCCCAUUCCAUCGAGUUGGAGAGGCAGCCGCGGUAUCACAUCGAAAGCUAUCAAAACCUACAGGAGGUCAAGGUCUCGGAGGGGUCACCUCUGGGGGCAAAGACCGUGCAGGAGUGCCACUACCAUGAUUGUUUCGAUGUCUAUCGGUGCGGUUCGGACACCAACAGAAUCAGUGUUUACAUUUACCCCAUGAGGAAGUAUGUGGACGAGAGCGGGGUGCCGAUUACGGGGCAGAUCUCGAGGGAGUUUUAUGAAGUUCUCAAUGCUAUUGCGAACAGUCCGUUUUAUACGUCCAAUGCGGACCAGGCGUGUCUGCUGGUGCCGUCCAUUGAUUUGUUGAAUCAGAACACAAUGAGGGUGAAGGAGAUGGGACAAGUCUUGAAUCGACUCCCAAGAUGGAACGGAGGCACCAACCACCUCCUCAUCAACAUGCUCCCAGGCACCAUACCCGACUUCAACACAGCCCUGGACGUCCCCAGGGGUAACGCCAUCCUGGCUGGUGGGGGAUUCUCCUCCUGGACGUACAGGCCCGGCUACGAUGUCAGCAUCCCGGUCUUCAGCACGGCCAUGUCCACUGUCAAAAUGAGCGAGAGGCCGUUCGACACCGUGCGUCCUUACCUAGCCGUCUCCACGCAAGCCGGGAUCCAUGAUGACUACCGAACCCAGCUUCUAACCAUAGCUAGCACCAACCCAGACUUCCAGGUCUUGGACGAGUGCAAGACUGAAGAAGGGCUGCCAGAUCCCUUCAAGAGAUGCCAGGACAACAAAGCUUUCAGCUAUCCUCAUAUAUUACAGGAUGCUACAUUUUGUAUAGUGCUACGUCGGACACGCCUUGGACAAGCUGCCCUCAGUGAUGCACUCCAAGCUGGAUGUAUACCGGUCAUCAUCAGUGACGCCUACAUCUUACCUUUCUCUGAAGUUAUUGAUUGGAAAAGGGCAUCACUGGUUGUCCGAGAAGACCGCAUCCCUGACCUUCCCGACAUCUUGCACUCCAUCGAGCUUGAGCACAUCCACCAGAUGAGACGGCAGGUCCGGUUUCUAUGGAAACGGUACUUCAGCAGCAUGGCUAACAUCACCCUGACAACGCUGCAGAUCAUCAAUGAUCGUGUCUUCCCGUACAAGGCUAAGGAUUACGAUUGGUGGAAUGAGCCGACUCCAAGGAGAGGUGCCCAGAACCCGCUGUUCUUGCCUAUCAUCCCUCCCAAGUCACAUGGCUUCACUGCCGUGGUACUCACCUAUGACAGGGAGCAGAGUCUCUUCGAGAUCAUCAAGCAAAUCUCGCAGACGCCGAGUCUCUCCAAGGUUCUGGUUGUCUGGAACCAUCAAGAAAAGACACCACCACCUGCUGAUCGAUGGCCCAAGAUCAACAAACCCUUGAAGGUCGUUCAGACCAAAGAAAACAAACUAAGCAAUCGAUUCUAUCCUUACGAUGAGAUUGAGACAGAGUGCAUCCUUGCUAUCGAUGAUGACAUCAUCAUGUUGACACCGGAUGAGCUGGAGUUUGGUUAUGGGGUUUGGAGAGAGUUCCCUGAUCGUCUUGUAGGUUUUCCAAGCCGCCUUCAUCUUUGGGACGAGGCUCAUGGUAAAUGGAAGUAUGAAAGUGAAUGGAUGAAUGACCACUCUAUGGUUCUCACAGGGGCUGCAUUCUAUCAUAAGUAUUUCAGCUAUGCCUACACACACAAGAUGUCACCGCACAUCAAGACAUGGGUGGAUGCCCAUAUGAACUGUGAAGAUAUCGCUAUGAACUUCCUCAUUGCUAACAUCACCGGAAAAGCACCCAUGAAGGUUACUCCCAGGAAGAAGUUCAAGUGUCCAGAGUGCACCAGCGUCGAGAUGAUCUCGGCCGAUCUUAAUCACAUGGUGGAGAGGUCCGAGUGUAUCAUGGAGUUUGAAAAAGAGUAUGGCAUGAUGCCUCUGAAGACUGUCCAGUUCAGAGCCGACCCGGUACUCUACAAGGACAACGUCCCUGAAGAACUGAAGCGAUAUCAUACUAUUGGGAGUUUGUAGGUGUGAAAGUGUAAUAGGAAGAAUUGAAACAUUGCUAUACUCCAGGAGACAGUAUCCCUAUACAAUGGCUUGAUGCCUUAGAAGGCGGUUCAUUUCAGAGCAGAUCUAGUCACCUUUAAGGACAAUGUCCCUGAAGAGGUACCAUACCAUUGGGAGUCUGUAGGUAGGCCUAUAUAACAUAUAUCUGCUGAUGCCGUUAAAGACUGUCCACUUCAGGGCCGACCCGGUCCUCUAUAAAGACAACGUCCCUGAAAAACUGAAGCAGCAUCAUACUCUUGGGAGCUUGUAGGUGUGAAAAAUAUUGCAGCAUUUCAAGGAUCACCCUUUGAUGCAAUUCAAGACUGUCUGUUUCAGGGCCAUUCCUGUUCUCUAUAAGGACAACGUACCUGAAGAAAUGAAGCGGUGUCGGACAUGAAGCUGCAGUCCAGAAAUCCCCCUAGCAGUAGAAAGACAUUAUUCCUGAAGGAAUAAAACAUUGCUAUACUACACGGAACAGUAUUCCUGGAUUUCGCUUUAUGCCUUCAGAACACUCUAAAAUUCCCGAAGAACUGAAAGUGAUAUCACGCCAUUGGGAAUUGUAGUCAGUACAUCAGUGGAUUCAUGCAGGGUCAUUUGUAUUUUGCAAGUACAAGUUCAUCCCAGGUGGGAAUUUCAUAAAGCUGUUUGUAAGUUAAGAGUGACUUUAAGAAGGACUGGUGAUCCUUUUUUGUGGUAAAUGAUAUUCACCAUUAAAAUGUUCAUUGGUGAUUAUUUAGCACGUAAGAAAGGUUCACCAGUCAUUCUUAAAAUCACUCUUAACUUAUAAACAGCUUUAUCAAACACCCAACAGGUUUAUAAGCUUGUCAACCUUCACCAACAGAUGCGCAAUGCAGAAAUUUGUCAUCAAACUAAAUUGAUCACUAGUGUAGAUGACACCGUCAAAUAUUAUCAAUCUGGUGCUUGCCUCUUUUUGUGCCCCAAUUAUCUUCAAACCUGCAAAACAUUAACUAUAUUUGGUGAAGGAUAAUAUUUAUUUACAUGUAUAUGUAUAAUUACGGUUUAUUUAAAAUGUUUUGUCAAUCAUUGGACAUAAAGGGAAACUAAUAUGUCGUGAUGUAAAUAGAAUUGACAAUUGAUGCUUCCACUGACUAUCCUUUUUUUGUAAUGAUGGCUAAUGCUAAUGCCAAAGUAUUACACUAUGGGAAGUAUUAGGAGAAAAAUAAAUUAUGGAGAUAAGGUAUCAGUGCAUCGUGCAGGUCUCAUGAGCAGUGUCAUUCAUAGAAAGCCUAGCAAGUAUAACGUGGAGGUUUACGGUUCACCAUGUGUAAUAUGAAGAAGGGAAGGAAAUACAGGCAGAAAGGUUGAAAUUGAAAGACGAGAUGGGAUGAAAAGAGGAAAUUAGAAGGAUUCUUUCUUGAAAGUGAGUGAAGUCCUGAAAAGGACUGUAAACCAGAUGAGAUGAGCUGAAUAUGGCUUGAGUAGCGAUGGUUUGAGUAGUAGCAGGAUGAAGUGAAGAGAGGUUACUUGACGUUUCGGGCAGGUUGACUGUCCGUCCUCAUAUUACACAUGGUGAACCGUAAACCUUCUCCACGUUAUAAACUCCACCAAGCAAACCUACAAAGAUCAUCCUUAGCAAGUAUGUUAAUCAUAGUGAGCAGAAGAGUCUUGAAAACCUUUUUUUGAAUUUUGUUGGUAGAAACUAAAAAACGGUAUCCCAAAGAACAUUGGGUUUAUCCUACACAGGAAUCAUGUUCUGACAGUAUUUGAAUAAUGCAUGUAUAAACAAUGAAGAAAUGUAUGGUCUUUUGUACCAUUAUGAUGAAUAGAAGUAGAAUAUUUUUUUUAUAUUAUAGAGAUAAGGGGCCCAUAACACAAAACUUAGCAAUGAUCGUUGAACAUUUUUCUACGAUUGAUUCCAUUGACUACACUGUCAGACCUGCCAACCAGUACGUUUUAGCCGUAUUUAGUACGUUUUUUUUAUUAUUUUUUUUACUAAAUCGUAAUUUAUUGAGAAAAAUAAUCUCUAUAUGUCUCUAUUUCAUAAAACGUACACAAAUAUGGUUAUUAGAUCAAUGUAAUUUCAGGUAACUUGUUUUUUUUUUCAAUCAUUUUGUUAAAACCAGGGUGACGAUAUACACAUGUUUUAAUGUUUUUUUUUUUCAUCUGCAAGAGCAGUGCGUAUUUUAGCUUGCAUGCAGCUUGAGUGCCGCGAUGAGCGAGUGUGCCAAGCAUUUUAUUAUGAAAUACACUUUUUUGGGGAAAAAUACAUUUUUUUAAAUCACAGAAUACAGUUUUUCAUUCCCAGAGGUUGGCAGGUCUGCACUGUACAAUCAAUCGUGAAAAUCAAGCGUACGAUUACUCGCUAACCUUUGUGUUACGGAACCCUGAUCAGUACAUAAUAACAUAAAGAACCAAUCUAUUGUUGGAUUGCCGGUAUUUUUAUGUCUAUGGCAGACUAUGUACAAAAUGUAAAGAUCGUAUCUCAUCAUGUUACAUCCCAGAUGAUUGAAGAGACACAUUUUUCUUACAUUGAGGCUGUUCUCACUACGUUCCUAAAACUAGUUUACUGGAAACUAGUUUAACGCGUAGUGAGAACGGUCGAAGCGAUCUUCCAAACCAGUUUGGAAAACCACCUCGCGAUGUAGUUUUCAAGAUCGCUUUGCCUCGUUAAACUGGUUUUAGCGCAAGUGAGGACACAACCGUUCUUCGGGAAGCGAUCUUCGCACAUUUUGAGCGCGCUACUCCACACGACAGGUGUAGAAUGCCUAUGCUGCGGUUUCGAAUUUCGCGCGAAACGUGUCACCCCACUGAGAGCGUUUCCAUAGUAACAAGAGCGCUUUACGUGAAGUGAUUUUGAAAACCACUUUCGUGUGAUCAAGUGGGAACGCUAGCAAAGCGAUCUUCCAAAGUGGUUUCCUGAAUCGGUUUCCAGUAAACUAGUUUUAGAAAGCGUAAUGAGAACGGCCUCAUAGAAUGGUUAAAAAAAGGAAAGGAGGAUUACAGCUUUAGCACACAAACACCAAAAUAUUGGUAAUGAAAUUCCAUAACCUACAAGUGUUUUUUCUCAAAGGCUGGAGGGUGUAACAUAUAUUUAUAGAUGCAAUGGAUCAUAACUUUUUGUACUUAGUUUGUGUUAGGCUUACAAUUUUACUUGUGUAAUUGAUCGUAUUUGUUUGUGUUACAAGGCCUAUUUAUUGUCAUGCAUUUUGGCUCUCUACUGGAAGAGUUACUGCAUCACCUUGGUCUUAAACUUUUGCAAAUUAAUAUUUUCAUGUAAGCUAAGUAUUUAUGGAGAGAGGUUUAGCAAAUUAAGGCCAGUCGGAAAUGAGCAAUGAUGAAAUUACACUAUCUCAGAUCUGAUAUAACUGAAUGCUUACUUUGAAGGGGGUGGAAGCCCUUACAAGAAUUAUAUAAUAAAAGGAAUGAAAGAUAUUUAACCCUAUGUUUCUGUUUAACAACUCAUCCAAUAUUUGCUUCGCAUUUUCAUUUUGGAAGCUUGCAGGAUCAAGAUAUACCCAUUAUUCUGGAAAUGCAUCACAAUUUCAUGAUAUAUACAGUUACAUUAGUUAAAUAUUAAGGUGCACACUGCACAAGGUGUAGAGGAAAAUGAAGGUGUAAUGUAAUCUGGAGACUUAACAAUGAAAAUACGAACGAUGAAUGCUUUGUUUUAUAAUAAAAUUUGUAUUUAUUACUUUC